GGGCCGGAGCUGAUUAUGAGUAAAAAUGGAUCACUGGAAACUGCACAGGCAUUUUUAACUUGUAUAACAACCAAACCUCAACAAACGAUGGCUUCAUUUAAACCAAGUCGCUCGAGAAUCGUGAUGAUUGGGAAAACUGGUGUGGGUAAGAGUGCGGUUGGAAACACCAUUCUGGGACGGGAAGGGUUUGACUCUCGUCCCUCCAACCACUCGGUCACCAGCACUUGUCAAAGAGAACAGAUAAUCCGGGAUGGAAGAGUCAUCACCGUGGUGGACACACCGGGAAUCCUGGACACUGAUAGAACUAACGACGACAUAAAAACAGAAAUCGUGAGAUGUGUCAAAGUGUCUUGUCCUGGUCCGCAUGUCUUCCUGCUGGUCAUUGAGGUGGGUGUAUUUAGAAAGGAGGAGAGAAACUCCGUGGAAGCCCUGCAGGAGCUCUUUGGUCCAGAGGCAGACAAGUUCAUGAUGGUGCUGUUCACCCGCGGCGGUCAGCUCAACUCAACCAUCCAAGAUUAUCUCCGUGAAGGUGAUCCAGAGCUGCGACGGCUCAUCCAGAAAUGUGGGAACAGAUUCCACGUCUUUGAAAACAACCAGAAAGAUCGGAAUGAAGCAUUCAACAACCAAGUAGAGGAACUGUUCAAGAAGAUCGAUGACAUGGGGGCCAUAAACGGGGGGGAGCACUACACAGACCAGAUGUACAGGGAGGUGGAAGAAAGAAGAGCUAAACACCAGGCUGUAAACAAUGACAGUUACGGCUUUAUCUCUGAUCUGUUGAGACGUAUCUCCAUCUUCAAAAGAAUUCUGCUGAGCGAUUAGAUUAGUAUCAAACACACACUAAAAUGUUUUGUCACACACAAUGUGCUAACGAAGUGUAACAACUAGGGAUGGGAAUGCAGUUGCGUAGCAACGUGCGAAAACCAGCAGUCAGAUUUGCAAAAUGCACAGUUUGACUGGUUUUGACUCGAUUGUAUUUGUGACUGGCGAGUAUAGUUUUAUUUUUGAGUGCUCAGUUCAUAUAUGUUUUUAAGAAGGAGAAUUUUAAUUUCUAUUAUAAAAAUGUUGCCACAGAAUAAUUUAUGUUGUAUUUUGUUAAUUUCUACAGAAGAAUA